AUGGAGGUUUACUUCCUUCUCUUUUUGUCGUGCCAACGAACCUACAAGCGCGAGGGGAAAAAAAACACGCGCCCCGCAGCUCCCCUCCCGUUGCUUAUUAUGCACGCUGCCAACAAACUCCCGCGCCGCAGCCUCGCGCUCCCCGAUCUCUCUCGGGACCAGCUGCUCGCCCUCGUCGAAUCGCUCCGGCCGCUCGGCGGAAAUGGGUUAGCCGUGGAGGAUUACCUGCGCACCGCCAGCUCCCAGGAGCAGGCCGGCUGGGAGCCGCUCUGCAGCGAUGCUGCACAGCUGCUCGCGAUGGGCUCACCUGGCGAGCUCGUCACCGUGCGCACCAUCGCCUCCCCGGAGGCGCAGUCGUGCCUCGACGCCGGCGAACCGGCCGACCUCACGCUCCUCUCUGACGAUCAGCGUUUCCGCGUGCACACCUCGGCGAUGGCGGCCGCCUCCGAUUUCCUCGCGGCGCUCUUCGGGGCCGGCAUGACGGACAGCACCGCACGAGAGGUGGCGCUGCGCGAAGUGACUGCGACCGAGCUUCAGGCACUUCUCGAGCUCGUCUACCACGGCGAGUGCUCGGUGCGCUGCGGCGGCCUGCCGGCGCUCCUGAUCACCGCGGCGCGGCUGCAGAUGCCGACGGCCCAGCGCGCCGUCGAGGGGGCCAUCGCGAGCCGCCUCACCGCUGCGAACGUGCUCGAUGCGUGGGAGCUCGCUGAGCAGCACAACCUCCCCGCGCUGCGCGAGGCGGCGGAGGCCCUCGGGCGGGAGACCUUCGACUUCGGUCCGCUCGACUUCGGUCCGCUCGACUCGCACGAGACGAUGCACCCCGGCUACCCGCGUGACAUCCCGUGCAAAUGCGGACGGCUGCAAUGGCUCAAGCUUGACCGGGAUCGAGGCAUCUCAUUCGAGCGUGCGGCCGCGCACGUGGCUGAGCUCCGCCUCGCGUCGGGCGGCGGGCUGUUCGAGGGCGAGGGCUUCUACGUCUCCCACAACUCUCUGCUUGGGCGUGAGAAGGACGUCCUCGCCUACGCCCUGCUCAUCUGCAAGAGUCGCCAUGUCCACGAUAGGAACAACGAGGUCGCAUUGUUCCGCGUCUUCCGGCCAGGCAUCGGACCGGGGGUAACCGUGACUCUCGCUGAGUUCACUCAGAAGUUACCGAGUGGUGUUCCACGGUUCAAGCUGAUCGCCGAGGACGACCCUCAGCUGGCCGCGGGGUGGACGAGAUUGUACGAUGACGCGCUGAGCAUAUGCGCGCACGGUCCACGUGAUUCCUGGAUUAUGGCCUGUGCAGAUUGGAAUGAGCUCAAGGAUCUGAUUUCGGUGCGGGAGGUCAAGGAGUUGAAGACGGUGGCUCGUACUGACGAUUACAGCGACGACUCGGAGAGCGAGGAGGAGGUGGAGGAGGUGGUCGGCACCGCCCUGCAGCUCACCCGCGCCGAGCUCGGCGGGAGGCACGUCUUUGGACUGCCGCUCAAGCUCAACGGAGCUCCAACUGAGCGAAAGCUACGGGGCCUUGAGCUUCGCCAGCCCAAUCCGCAGUGCUGGCUCGACACGGGCUACCCCCUGCCCAAGCAGCUCCGCCGCGUCAUGUGA